GAAUCGCAAGGCAUGAAUCCUCAGAUGAUGGCGGUCCUCGAAACAGCGACGUCCACGCUAUGUGCGUCGAGCUGCCGUGCAUCACUCGUAAAUACGCCGGUCGGUUUUUUCCUCGGCGCUGGCGGCUCCAUGUCAAGUGAGGGUGUUGGGACAGAUGCUGCUAAUACAAAGGCGCUGUCGGUGUACUCGGGAACCUCAGGAACACUCUCUGUGGCGUCUGGUCGAGUGUCUUUUACGCUUGGGCUUACAGGGCCCUGCUUGACGGUGGACACGGCGUGUUCGUCGUCGCUUGUCGCUACCCAUCUGGCAGCGUCGGCUAUCAAGCUGGCCGAGUGUCCGCAGGCGGCGGCGACGGGGGUCGGCAUGCUGACGCAGGCGGUAUCGAUUGCGUUCUCAGCCGCGCGCAUGCUCUCGGCUUUUGGACGCUGCCACACAUUCGAUCGCCGCGGAGACGGGUACUGCCGCGGCGAGGGCUGCGGGGCGUUUCUGUUGUCAUCAGGCGCGUUGGAAGUCUCGACUGUUGGCACGGCUGUGCACUUCUUAGGUAUCACACCGGAUGGCCCGAGCGCGAGUCUUACCGCGCCCAAUGGGUCAUCGCAAAGGUGA